ACUCAACAUAGAACUAAAAAUGACACAAUUCGCGGUGAUAUUCGCUCUGGCUCUGGCUGUGGCUUCGGUUUCGGCUUUUUCUGUGCCUCAGCCGGGAUUCCCCGACGGGCGCAUCAUCAACGGCUAUGAGGCGGAGAAGGGAGAGGCGCCCUAUAUUGUGUCCCUACAGACCACUACCGGCUCGCACUUCUGUGCAGGAACCCUGAUCGACGAGGUGACCAUUUUGACCGCCGCACACUGCCUGACCAAAAAUCAGGGUCAGGCAGUUGGCGGUAUUAACAACCGUAGUGACCAGAAGAACGGUCAGAUUAGGAAGUUCACCAGUGCGCAGUAUGUGAUCCAUGAGAAAUACAGUGGCGGUGUGGGACCCAACGACAUCGGCCUAAUCCUGCUCAACGAAGAGGACGCCUUCGACCUGAAUGCCGUAGCCCGUGAUGGCAGCAAUCCGGUGGCCGCCGUAAGUCUUCCUACAAAGCUAUUCCAAGGCACUGGCGAUGGAUAUCUGUACGGUUGGGGCUACGACAUCACAGGAUUGCUGCCGAUGAACCUUCAGAAACUGGACGCCACUGUCAUUGGCUACAAAGAAUGCAAGGCGGCGUUGCCAUCCAUCAAUUCGCUGGCGGAAACCAAUGUAUGCUCCCACACCCCCGGAAAAGCCGACGGAUCCUGCAACGGAGACAGUGGCGGCCCCCUGGUCUUGAAAUCCAGCACUGGUCAAGUCGAGCAGAUUGGCAUCGUCUCCUGGGGAUACACACCGUGUGCAUCCACUACCUUGCCUUCUGUCUACACAUCAGUGCCUUCGUUUUUGUCUUGGAUCGAUGAGAACCGUAAGGCGAAAUAGACAAUAUACCCAAUAAACGAACAUUCUGUAU